AUGUCACAAUUAACUUAAAGUAAUACCAAUUUCUUAUAAUGCAGUACUUAGAAAGAUGGACAUUUUUGGGUAGCCAAUCAACUUAAACCUUGAUUUAAACACAAAAUAUAAAAGUUCAUUUGGAGGAAUCAUAUCAAUAUUCAUUAUACUCUUACUCAUCAUCUAUAGCGUUAAUGAGAUCAUUGGAUACACCAUCUAAAGAGGUAUAUAAAUUACAUAAGAAGUAUAAUUCACUUUAUAAUGAUAGACUAAAUUUGGUUAUGAUCCUGAUUUAUUAGAACUCAACCAAAGCAAUUUCAUUUUUGCAAUUAGAGUCAAUCAAGCGGAUUUUUACAAUUCUCCAUCCUUUGAUAUAACAGUGAAUCAUAGAUAUCAAAGGAGCAAUUCGAGCAUUGAAUUAUAAUAAUGCACUUUGGAACAAUUCACAAGUCUUGUUAACUCUGAUAAGAUAUUGAAAUUUCUUGAAUCCAAUUAAAUGGAGAUGUGGUUGUGUCCUACUUCUUAGUUCUCUAUUCAAUUAGAAGGCACUUAGUAUUGUAGAUAGUUUAUUCAAUAAUAUAUAGCUUAAUCUUUUAAGAGUUUAGUGAUCGAUGUGGGUAAAUGCGAGGGAUUGAGUAGUUGGGGAAAAACAUGUUAAGAGAUGAAGGAAAAUGAAACUUUUCAAUUACAAUUUAUCACAAAGAAUACGGUAUGAUAAUUAUUAAUGGGUAUAGUUUAUAAAUCCAUUCAAUAACGAAUUUGUGGCCGAAGAUUAUUUGGAUAAUUCGAUGAGUUUGCAAUUAAACCCAGGAGAUCUACAGAGAAUUGAUUACCAUUUUGAUAAGCACAUCACAAAGGAUUUCCAAGGAUAGCUAAAGAUAGAGUAGUGUUGCCAAAUCAUAUUAGAGGAUUACUAGAUGAUGAGAACUUGAGUGUAUUUUCUACAAACUCCUUCAGAUAACUAUAUGAAGGAAAGAAUGAUAAUAUUUGGACACGCAUUGUGUUCAUGCGCAGUAAUUUCUCUACUAAUUACAAUCGAGAGUAUUAGACUAUAACUGAUUUAUUAUCAAAAAUAGGUGGAUUAUCAUAAUCAGUAAUCUCUAUUGUUGGAGUAAUAAUAACAUAUUAUAAUAGAACAUAAUGUAAUAAUAAAAUAGUAUUUAGUUUAUUUGGAAAUUUCUAAUAGGCUUUACGAUUAUGAUUUCAAUACAGAAUCUGAUUAAGGAACAAGAGGAUCUGGUUUAGUAGAUCCAUUUCAUGUUAGUGCCUAAACUUAAUAGGAGGGAGGAACUAAAACAAAGAGAAGGAAAGCUGAUGAAGCAAAAUAGAAUGAAGAAAAGCAGGAUUCUAUGGAAGAGGACCCACAAUAUAAGGAAAGAGUGAUGAAGGUUGUUGAAGAACAGAAAAAGAUUAUGGAGAAAUAUAAAUUCAAGAGCAGAAAACAUUUUCUAUUAUCAAGUUUUCAAUAGACAAUUAUGACAAAAAAAUCAAUCAAUUUAAAUUUAAAAUACUUUUUAUUUAGUAUGUGUUGUAAGAAAGCCAAUUAUAAAACAGAUAGUCAUUUAUUUUUACUACAAAAAUCAUUAAAUAGUGUUAGAUAAGAGUUGGAUGUAUUUUCAAUAUUAAAUAGAAUUCACCAGGUUGAAAAACUAAAGUAGAUUCUAUUGGAUCGAGAUUAAUUGAUUUUAUUCAAUUAUACUCCUAAACCAGUUAUUGGAAUCAAUGAAAAAGAUAAGGAAACCAAUUUUCUUCAUUAUUCUAAAUAACUAUCUUUAAAAUAGAUGUCUUUGAUAGAAGUGGCUGAACAAAUUAAAUAGCAGAUGAAAUCAAGCUUCUUAAAAAAAGAAAAUUUAAGUAUAGAAAGUGUAUUCAAUUCCUACAAGGCUAUUGCUGCUAAGAAUAGAAAAUCUAAUAGAUAUUAUUAUAAAAUCAAUAGAAAAUUAAAGUUAUUUUUGGGAGAUUAAGUAAAGGCAAUAUUCAAAGCUUCUAAAAUAUUGAAAUUCCCUGAAGAUGAUUAAGUUUUCUAGAUCUCAGAUCUUCUGUCAAUUGGAGAAGAGAUGGCAAUCCAAAUACCAUUACAAUUAAAUCCAUAGGUGA